AUUUAAAACAGAUGGGUAGUCUUAAAUCCUUGCUUCUGGAAGCUGAAACACAUUCCAUCAGCACAAACAGUGAAGAAAGAAAGAAGUUGGGCGACAUGAUAAGUAACAAGCUUAAGCCUACACUUGACCCUAACCCGUUGAAGAGAUGGUACCAUAAACUUAGAUUCUUCGUACUGGAUAACUGGCAAAGAAUUUGGGUAAUAGUGCUAUGGCUCAUGAUUAUGGCCAUCCUCUUCAUAUACAAAUAUAUUCAAUACAAGAAUAGAGAAGUGUAUGAAGUGUUGGGGCAUUGUGUGUGCUUGGCUAAAGGUGCAGCUGAGACACUGAAGCUGAACAUGGCCUUGAUUCUGUUACCUGUAUGCAGAAAUACCAUUACAUGGCUUAGAACUAAAACUAGUUUGGGUGUUAUUGUCCCUUUUGAUGACAACCUCAACUUUCAUCAGGUUAUAGCGGUGGGAAUCAUGAUAGGAGUAGCCAUACACUCGGUGACCCACUUGGCGUGCGAUUUUCCACGGCUAAUUGCGGCAACUCCAGAGGAAUACAUGCCUCUACGAAAAUUCUUUGGAGAAGAGCAACCAAAGAGAUACUUGCAUUUCGUGAAGUCACAGAGGAAUACAGGACUCAUAAUGGUUUUCUUGAUGGCAAUUGCUUUUACACUAGCUAUCCCUUGGUUUAGACGAGGGAAGCUCGAACAAAAGCUUCCAGAGCCACUAAAGAAAAUAGCUAGUUCAAUGCCUUCUGGCUGCGACUUAUCCUGGAACGUAUUGACAUUGCACAUGUCAAGGCCUACAAACUUCGAAUACAAGAGCGGUCAAUACAUGUUUGUAUCUAUGCCACUUCCGGUCGGAGAGAUGUCGCAUGGUGCAAAUAAUUCCGAUUUCCCGAGAAUUAUGAUUGAUGGUCCGUACGGCGCACCAGCACAAGACUACAAGAAAUACGAGGUGGUUCUGCUGAUCGGCCUUGGGAUUGGAGCCACCCCAAUGAUAAGUAUUAUUAAGGACAUAAUCAAUAAUACGGAGACCAAAGAACUUGCUCAACUUGACCUAGCGAAGGUGGGAUCACAACAUGAGCCACAAAGUGAAAAAGAAACUUUCAAGAUGCGAAGGGCUUACUUCUAUUGGGUAACAAGGGAGCAAGGCUCAUAUGAUUGGUUCAAGAACAUCAUGAACGAGAUUGCUGAGCGGGACAAAAACAAAGUCAUAGAACUACACAACUAUUGCACUAGCGUCUAUGAAGAAGGAGACGUUCGUUCAGCGUUCAUACAUAUGCUUCAGUCUCUAAACCAUGCCAAGAGUGGUUUAGACAUUGUCUCUGGGACCAAGGUUAUGUCCUACUUUGCCAAACCUAAUUGGGAAAACAUUUACAAACAGAUAGCCAUGGAUCACCCUGGCUCUAAUGUUGGAGUGUUUUAUUGUGGAGCCCCGGCAUUGACAAAGGAGUUAAGGAAUUUAGCUUUGGAAUUCGCACAUAAGACAAGAACUAGAUUCUCCUUCCACAAAGAAAACUUUUAAAGAUAAUGAAGCCUAUACUCACAAUGCUGAUAAAGUAUGAUGACCAACAAGAUGAUAACUAUUAUGGAGUAUGUGUGAUUGUGUGUUAUGCUUUUGCUUUUUGAAAAGGGUAAUAUUCUACCCGAGGGACCUCAAAUCUAUAUAUAUAUGGAAUAUGCGUGAUUGUGUGUUAUGCUUCUGCUUUUUGAAAAGAGUAAUAUUCUACCCGAUCGACCUUAAAUCUAUAUAUAUAAUAGGAGAGUUGUCUCUCCAUCUAGGGUAUCCACAUCAUCAUCCAAGUCAUCAUAUUGUAAUUUUG